AUGCUUAGGACCAGAACCAGGGCCUCGCACGCCGCGCUCCGGCUCGCCCGCCCCACCGCGGCUAGAGCCUUCCACCCUUCUCCCGUGGUACUCGAUGCUUCCAUCAUCUCCGGCCUCAAGCUCGCCAAGUCCAUCAGAAGUAACAUCGCCAAUAAGGUGUUGGCCUAUAACCACGACAAGUUUGGUACCACCAACGCCACCUUUGACACCAUCAGAUUCAAACCCAACUUGACGAUUAUCCAAGUCGGCUCUAGACCCGACUCGUCGGCCUAUGUGAACUCCAAACUCAAGGCCGCCAAAUCGUCCAACAUCAACUCCCGUCUUCUCAAGUUCGACGAGCACAUCACCGAAGAGCAGUUGCUUGAAGAGGUCCAGAACAUCAACAACGACCCCAAAGUUCACGGAUUGCUCAUCCAGUUGCCGCUUCCUCCUCACAUCAAUGAAACGUUGGUGACCAAUGCGGUGCUGACGGACAAAGAUGUGGAUGGUUUUGGGCGUUUCAACGUAGGAGAGUUGGCCAAGCGUGGUGGCCGCCCGCUAUUCAAGCCGUGUACGCCCAGCGGGGUCAUCGAGUUAAUCAGAACCACCGGCGUGGACAUGCGUGGAAAAAACGCAGUGGUGCUUGGUCGCUCUGAUAUCGUGGGAAAUCCAGUGGCUGCGAUGUUGAAAAAUGAAGACUGUACUGUCACCAUCUGCCACAGACACACGAAGGACUUGCCGCAGUUGUUGGGCCGUGCCGAUAUUGUGGUGGCGGCCAUUGGUAUGCCUGAAUAUGUAAAAGGUGAAUGGUUGAAGGAAGAUGCCAUUGUGGUUGAUGUUGGCAUAAACUACAAGGCCGACGCGGCUGCAAAAAAUGGCAGAAAGUUGGUGGGAGACGUUGAUUUCUCACUGGCGGUGCAGAAGGUUCAGUACUUGACUCCAGUACCGGGUGGAGUUGGCCCCAUGACGGUGGCCAUGUUGUGUUCCAACGUAUUUGAUGCUGCAAUGUUACAGGAACAAAAGAACCACCAGCACGCAUUCAAGCCUUUGCACUUGGCCCUCCAAGACCCAGUGCCUUCCGAUAUUGCUAUUUCUAGAGCCCAGCAGCCCAAGAAAAUCACCAAAAUCGCCCAGGAAUUGGGGCUCUUGGAAAACGAGUUGGAACCUUAUGGCCAUUAUAAGGCCAAGGUGGAUCCAAAAAUGGUGAUAAGCCGUCUUGAUGACUUUGCAGAGGGUUCCAUCCAAGAAAAGGGGAACUACGUGUUGGUGGCCGGGAUCACCCCUACUCCAUUGGGUGAAGGUAAGAGUACCACCACCAUGGGAUUGACCCAAGCUUUGGGUGCACAUUUGGGUUACAACUCCAUUGCCAAUGUCAGACAACCUAGUAUGGGACCCACUUUUGGUGUCAAGGGUGGUGCUGCUGGUGGAGGUUACUCCCAGGUGAUUCCUAUGGACGAAUUCAACAUGCACUUGACAGGUGACAUCCAUGCCAUAUCUGCUGCUCAGAACUUGCUUUGUGCAGCCGUCGACACAAGAAUGUUCCACGAAUACACGUCCAAGUCCAUCAAAGGAUUCUACAAGAGAUUAGUACCUGUGAAGAAGGGCUCCAGAACUUUUACUCCUUCGAUGAUCGCAAGACUCCAGAAAUUAGGAAUUCACAAAACCAAUCCUGAUGAGUUGACGGAUGUGGAAAUCACAAAGUUCGCCAAAUUGGACAUUGACCCCGAAUCUAUUUCUAUCAAGAGAGUCGUCGACUGUAACGACAGAUUUGUGAGAGAAAUCACCAUUGGUGAAGGAAAGAAUGAAGCUUCCAAGUUUCCUCCUCGUAAAUCGGGUAUGGACAUCACCGUUGCUUCUGAAUUGAUGGCUAUUUUGGCUUUGUCUACCUCCUUAAAGGAUAUGAGACAAAGAAUCGGAAAAAUCGUGGUUGGUACCCAAAGAGAAACCGGUGAAGUCAUUACCUGUGAAGAUAUUGGAGCUGCCGGUGCUUUAACGGCAUUGCUUAAAGAUGCCAUCAAGCCCAACUUGAUGCAAACUUUGGAGGGAACCCCGGUGUUUGUGCAUGCUGGUCCUUUUGCCAACAUCUCCAUUGGCGCUUCUUCUGUGAUCGCCGACCGGUUGGCCUUGAAGUUGACUUCUCCUUCCAACCCUACCAACAAUGGUGAAAAAGGAUUUGUUGUAACUGAAGCCGGGUUCGACUUCACUAUGGGUGGUGAAAGAUUUUUCAACAUCAAGUGCAGAGCCUCUGGUUACAAGCCGGAUGCCGUAGUUUUGGUGGCUACGUCUAGAGCAUUAAAGUUGCACGGAGGUGCUCCAGACGUUAAACCAGGACAAUCUUUACCUGCUGAAUACUUGACAGAAAACCUUGAAUUCUUGCAAAAAGGAUGUGCCAACUUGGCCAAACAAAUUCAAAACGUCAAGCAGUAUAACGUUCCGGUUGUGGUGGCCAUCAACCAGUUUGAAACCGACACUGCUGCUGAGUUAGAACUCAUCAAGGUUGAAGCCAAAAAGGCCGGAGCCGAUUUCGCAGCCGUUACUAACCACUGGGCUAAAGGUGGUGAAGGAGCUUUGGAAUUGGCCAAGGCGGUUACCGAGGCUGUAGAAAUACCAAAGUCUACUGAGCAAAGCUUUCUUUACGAUGUUAACUCGUCUGUGGAAGACAAGAUUUUGACAAUUGCUCAAAAGAUGUAUGGGGCUGCCAACAUUGAAUUAUCCCCAUUGGCUAGGAAACAAGUGGAAACCUACACCCAACAAGGAUACGAUAAGUUGCCUAUUUGUAUUGCCAAGACCCAGUAUUCGUUGUCUCAUGAUCCAUCUUUGAAAGGAGUUCCAACUGGUUUCACCAUUCCAAUCAGAGAAGUCAGAUGUUCUGCUGGUGCUGGUUACUUGUAUGCUUUAGCAGCUGAAAUCACGACAAUUCCAGGUUUACCAACUCACGCUGGGUUUAUGAAUGUGGAAGUCAAUGAAGACGGACAAAUAGAUGGAUUGUUUUAG